AUGAUACGGAAGCGUGUCUCGCCAAGAGGUCUUUCUCUCAUCCUUCUUGCUCUUCUUGCUUUCAUCUUUUAUAUUGCCAAGCCCAAGGCCGGCGGCACGAACCUGACGCACGAUGCGAACCCACCGCAGAAGCUAGACAAGACUGGCAAGGCCAAAGAACCAGAGCUCGCAACCGGUGUAGCCAAUGUCAUUGACACGCACCGGACGGCGACGCAGCCUGAUUUGAGCUUCCCAAAGGUCAUCUACCAGACUUCACCGCACAAUGAUGCGACGCCUGCCGUAUUGAGUUGGUAUUAUGCCAAUCCUGCAGACGAUCACCAGCACUUUACCGAUGCAGAAGCGCUCAAGUUUGUGCGAAAGCAUUAUUCCCAUGCCUAUGAUGCGUAUACGUCGCUCCUGUCGCCGGUUGCCAGGGCAGAUCUCUUUCGCUACUUUGUGUUACACCAACUUGGCGGUGUCUAUACUGACAUUGACACGACUGCGCUUUGUCCAGUGUCUGGCUGGAUUCCCGAAGAGUUUUCUGAGCGGGACAUCUCUCUUGUUAUUGGUAUUGAAGUGGAUGAGCCUACGUUCGAUGAGAGCAAGGUGGCGAAAUGGGGAUGGGCUCUCAACUUCCAAUUUGUACAAUGGACCAUUAUGGCACGACCUGGUCAUCCUGCACUCGAACGCGCGGCAGAGCUAGCUAUUGAGCAAUUGCGCGCAUUGGCAGAAGAGCGUAAAACACCGCUCAAUCGACUCGAGUUGAGCAAGCUGGAUCUUGUGCGCAACACGGGACCCGGUGUCUUUACCACGGCUGUGCUGGAGUACUUGGGCGUUGAGCCUUCUACCUUUCACAACCUGCAGCGGCCCAAGCAAGUCAAGGAUGUGCUUGUGUUGCCUGUCACGGCCUUUGCACCGAAUCAGCGGCAUUCUGGCAGUAAAAGCGUCAGUAAGUGGGAGAGCGUCAUGGAGGUGCGGGUGAUGCAUGGCUUUCAAAGCACUCGAUCAUGGAUGAGCUGGAUCAAGGGUCUCUUCUUGUAG